CUCAGCAAUCCGAAAAAUCCACAAAGCCGUACCCUUCAACCUCACCUGUCGACAAUUCCCGCGCUACCGUCUUGACCGCGCAACCUCCGUCAAGAUGAAGCUCAACAUCUCCUACCCGGCCAAUGGGUCGCAAAAGAUUAUCGAGAUCGAUGAUGAGCGCAAGCUCCGCCCCUUCAUGGAGAAGCGCAUGGGCACCGAAGUUACCGGCGACUCCCUCGGCGAUGAGUUCAAGGGCUACCUGUUCAAGAUCACCGGUGGUAACGACAAGCAGGGUUUCCCCAUGAAGCAGGGUGUUCUCCUCCCCAUCCGUACCCGUCUGCUCCUCGCCGACGGCCACAGCUGCUACCGCCCUCGCCGCUCCGGUGAGCGCAAGCGCAAGUCCAUCCGUGGUGCCAUCACCGGUCUGGACCUCUCCGUCCUCGCUCUGUCCAUCGUCAAGCAGGGUGAGAACGAUCUCCCCGGUCUGACCGACACCGUCGUCCCCAAGCGCCUCGGCCCCAAGCGUGCCACCAAGAUCCGCCGCUUCUUCGCCCUGUCCAAGGACGAUGAUGUCCGCAAGUUCGUUGUCCGCCGCACUGUCGCCAAGGAGGGCAAGCCCGAGUACACCAAGGCCCCCAAGAUCCAGCGUCUGGUUACUCCCCAGCGCCUGCAGCGCAAGCGCCACCAGGUCGCCAUCAAGCGCCGCCGUGCUGAGGCUGCCCGCGAGGCUGCUAACGACUACGCCAAGCUCCUGGCCAACCGUGUCCACGAGGAGAAGGCCAAGCGUGAUGAGCUCCGCAAGCGUCGCGCCUCUUCCAUGCGGAAGUAAAUCUCCCCCACAGUGUUAUGAUUCAUUUCUGCGGGACGGGGUUUAAUGGAUAGGUUGACGAGUGGGGAAGGCGAGAGUGAGCUUCACGUUUUCUGGGACAAUGAUUUAUUUUCGGGAUUUCUCCUUCCUCAACCGGGAAAAGGAGGGGUAAUAUCAUUCCCAGCAGACGGCGGAAAUAUGUCUGAUAAAAACGGAAAAAAAAGGCGGGGAAUGGAUGCAAGGCUCAAAAAAAAAGAAGACUUGAACCAGGAGGGGGGAUUGGUGGACCACCCCUUUCACCCCGGGUGUGCUGGUGAUUCGGACACCUGGGUGAUGCAUUCUGUGUUGAAUCUACCUUUUGACAACCCCUUUUUUUUCAAUGGAGUGCAUGCAAAUUUCAUUGUUUCUUACCUUAUCUGUCUCUGGCGUAGUGUAGAGCCUCCUGGAAGGGUGAAGCUAUCGGCGUUAAAAAAGGUUUUCAUCGGGUUUUUGGAUUUGGAUAAAACCACCAUAUGCGCUUGUAGAAGUCUUGAUUUAACUAUGCAUCAACGCACAGGCCCCAACUCUACUUCCUACUCUAAUCUAUUGCUCUAGACUUGAUCAAUUGCAGGACUCGAAUGUGGGGGUGUCUUUUUCUCCCGGGGCUACGGUGAUAUGAUCUGCCCUAUCUCACGUGCCCACUUCGAGAACUAGAUCGUGUACUUUCUUGUUUUAACAAAUCGACC